AUGUCGCCAUCACAACCCCUCAGUACGAGGGACAGCAACCUGCUUCGGACGGUUGUCCGAAACUUCGAGGACAAGCAGUACCGCCGUGGCCUCAAGGCAGCAGAGCAGAUUUUGAAGAAGAACCCCAAACAUGGCGAAACCAUGGCCAUGAAGGCCCUGAUCAUGAACGCUCAGGGCAAGACCGAGGAGGCUUUCGCACUGGGCAAGGAGGCUGUCUCGGUCGACAUGAAGUCGCAUGUCGUGUGGCACGUCUACGGCAUGCUUUACAAGACGCAAAAGAACUUUGACGAAGCCAUCAAGGCCUACAAAUUCGCCCUGCGCCUCGAGCCAAAGUCUGCCCAGAUCCAGCGCGACCUGGCCAUCCUACAGAUUCAAAUGCGCGACUACCAAGGAUACGUCCAGACGCGCAUGCAGAUGCUCACGGCCCGACCCCAGCUGCGCCAGAACUGGACCGCCGUCGCCAUUGCCCACCACCUCGCCGGGAACCUCGCCGAGGCCGAGAACAUCCUCACUACCUACGAGCAGAGCCUCAAGGUUCCGCCUUCACGGGCUGACUUUGAGCACUCCGAGGCCAUCAUGUACAAAAACACCAUCAUUGCCGAGUCGGGCGACACACAACGCGCCCUAGACCACUUAGAAGAGAUCUCAAAGAGCGUGCUGGACCGCCUGGCCGUCAUGGAGACCCGGGCAAAGUACCUGAGCGAGCUCGGCAAGAAGGAGGAGGCCACCAAGGCCUGGAGGGCCCUCUUGGACAGGAACCCGGACCAUGCGGAUUACUACUACGGCUUGGCAGAGGCGAUGGGUAUCUCCGAUGAUGUGGCUGCCAAACAGGCCAUCUUUGACGAAUAUGCGAAAAAGGCUCCUAGGUGCGACGCUGCGCGUCGGUUGCCAUUGGAUAUCCUGUCCGGUGACGAGUUCAAGACAGCUGCUCGGGAAUACCUCACCUCCAUGCUGAACAAGGGUGUCCCGUCCACGUUUGCUAACCUGAAGCACCUCUACUCGGAUUCGUUCAAAAAGUCAACCCUACCAGAGCUUGUAUUGGAGUAUAUUUCAUCCCAGGAGAGCAGUGGGGAGACCAACGGGGACUCGUCCAAGGGCAAGGCCGCGGCCCUUUAUUUUAUGGCUCAGCACUACAACUACCACCUCAGCCGAGACCUUUCCAAGGCCAUGGAGUUUGUUGAGAAGGCCAUCGAGCUUGCACCAACCAGUGUUGAUUUCCACAUGACCAAGGCAAGGAUAUGGAAGCACCACGGAAACACCCAAAAGGCCUCGGAGACUAUGGACCAGGCGCGGGGGCUCGACAAGAAGGACCGUUAUGUCAACACCAAGGCUGCAAAGUACAUGCUACGCAACAACGAGAACGAGCAGGCUUUGGAGAUUAUGGGGUUAUUCACCAGGGCAGAGACCCCAGGUGGCCCGCUUGCCGACCUGCUGGAUAUGCAGUCCGUCUGGUUCCUUACGGAGGACGGCGAGGCUUACGCCAGACGGGGCAACAUUGGAAUGGCACUAAAGAGGUUCCACGCUAUCUUCAACAUUUUCGACAUCUGGCAGGAGGACCAGUACGACUUCCACACGUUUUCUUUGAGGAAAGGCUUGGUGCGCGCCUAUGUAGACAUGAUCCGUUGGGAGGACAGGCUUCGGGAGCACCCCUUCUACUCACGAAUGGCACUCGACGCAAUCAAAAUCUACCUCGAUCUGCACGACAGCCAAGAGCCGGCAGCCGACACGAACGGGGUCAACGGUACAUCGGACGGCACCGACGGUCUGAGCGAGGAGGCGAUUGCUGAGAAGAAGAAGGCUGCCAAAAAGGCAAAGAAGGCUCAGGAGAAGGCGGAGCGUGAGGCACAAGAAAAGGCUGCCAAGGAGAACCCGAACAAGGGUCAGAAGAAUGUCAAGGCGGUGGAUGGGGAGCCUCCCAAGAAGGUGGACGACGACCCAUCUGGUCUCAAGCUGGCUGCAACCAAAGAUCCUCUGGGCGAGGCGGUCAAAUUCCUUGUGCAUCUGCUGCAGUUCAGCCCCAAGCACAUCGAGGCGCAACUGGCCGGGUUUGAGGUGUACAUCAGGAGAAACAAGUACAUUCUUGCGCUUGGGUGCUUGAACGCUGCGCGUGCGAUCGAUCCCAACCACCCCAGAUUACAUGAGCAGUCGAUCCGUAUGCGGAGCGCCCUCAAUGCGGCCCGCGAAUCUUUGCCACCAAAGGUUGCUGAGGUGAUUGAUUUGGAGUUUACCACGGUGCCCCCAUCAGCGGAUCUGAACAAGCUCAACAAGGAGUUCCGCGACCAGAACAAGGGCAAGCCAGCACACGAACUGGCGGCCAUCCGUGCCAGCAAAUAUAUUGGAGCCGACCAAAAGCAGAGCGAGAAGGACAUCACGUCAAUCCUUAACAUCGAAUCGCUGACUUUGGAGGAUGCCGAGGCUGCCAUGGACACCCUGAAGAGCUGGAGGAGUAGCGAACUCGAGACUGCCAAGAAAGCUGCCAAGAGCAGGUUUCCAGAGGCAACUGUGUUUGCGUGA